AUGUCUGGCGCAAACGAGGCCUUGUUUCCGCUCACCUUGGAGCAAGAUGCCAAGGCCAAUGAGAAAUGCAGAAAAAUGCUGGAGAAAUCCGCCAAGGAUCCCCACAUCAAGUUUAUGUUUCAGGCAAUGAAUAGAUCUGGCUGUACAUUGUCGCCAGAGCAUUUCGUAUGUCAGACGUGUCCCCCCGAGGCUGAGAUGUGUGGAGGUUUUGACGGCAACAAAGCGCUGAUACGGCUGUGCUCCAACCGGAUCACGGAGAUGCCGCAGAGGUUCUUCAACAUUGCACUGUCGCACGAGUUAGUCCAUGCUUAUGACCACUGUCGGGCAGAAGUGAACUGGUCGAAUGUGGAACACCAGGCAUGCUCUGAGAUUCGAGCCUGCAUGCUCAGUAGAGAGUGUUAUUACAAGUAUCAGAAGAAACGAAAGGAGCCAUAUGGACAAGGCGAUCUCGAGAGCUGCAUCAAGCCUCGCACGGUCAAGUCCCUGAUGUACAAUGGAGUGACGGAAUCUGAAGCUAUCCGGGCGACGCACAAAGUUUUCGCUCACUGCGUAGAUGAUACGGCCCCGUUUGACCGCGUUCCAUCCUGA